AUGAAAAGUUUGAGGGGCAGGGGAAAGAUUCAAACAUGCUCAGCCACUGGGGAGAAUCCUCCUGGCCAUAAAGGUUUGUCCCCCCGCCAGCCUUUACACCUCAAUGGCUGGGAGUUAUCCCUCUUGGCCUCUGAGAGUGUACAGUUCUCAACAGUUGUUGAGAGUGUACCCUCUCAAUGGCCAGAGUGUACAGAUCUUGUUGAGAGCUGUACACUCUUGGCGGCCAAGAAAUUCCCCCCGGCCACUGAGAGUGUAGAGCUCUCAGAAAAAAAGAGAAUUCUCUUGGUUGCUGAGAGUGUACAGCUCUCAGAAACUGAGAAAAUCCUCUUGGCCGCUGAGAGUGUACAACUCUCAGCCACCAAAAGAAUCCUCUUGUCCAUUUAA